AUGGCCUCCAUUGGGAUUGGUGGUUUGGCUGUUGCAUUAUUGCUUGCAGAUCUGCAAGUUGGGUGGCUCGCGGAAGACUUGUGGUGCCGCGGUGGUUUCGAGUUUCAGCUGUUGCAGAUAGACAAGUCAAGUGACAGUUCAGCUUUCAUUUAUCUAGCUAUUGGAACAAGAAGUACUGUUACAUUGAAAAACUCAAGUGAGAGUGGUGAAGCAAAGUGCAUAGAGAGGGAGAGCCAAGCACUCCUCAGGUUCAAAGAUAGCCUCUUAGAUGUCUUUGGCAUGCUCUCCACUUGGACCGAUAAUACAGAUUGCUGCAAAUGGAAACGCAUUCUCUGCAACCAUCAAACAGGUCAUGUACAACUACUUGAUCUUCAUGGAGACAACGACUACAACAUACAGUAUUUGAGAGGUGCAAUCAAUGUCACUUCAUUGAUCCACUUGCAAUAUAUUCAACAUCUAGAUCUCAGCCAUAAUUAUUUUGCCGGGACUUGCAUCCAGAACUUCAUGGGCUUCACCAACUUAAGAUAUCUCCGUCUCUCCAAUUCUUACUUUGCGGGGGGAUUCCUUCAAAACUCGUACCUCGAUCUUGGAGGAUAUUAUCUUUCCGGAAAAAUCCCAUCUCAAAUUGGGAAUCUCAGAAAUCUACAAUAUCUCAGUAUUGGAAGUAACACUGCUCCAUAUUAUAAGCCAAACUACAUUUCAAGUUCCCUUUAUGGAGCAAUUCCUUUCAGCAUAGGGAAUCUUCCAUUGUUGCGUACUCUCCAACUAGUUGGCAAUUUUGAUAUAAAAUCUAAGGAUGCACGGUGGCUAUCUACUCUCCAUUCCUUAACAAUUCUUCAGCUGAGUUCCUUAUACAGUCUUGGGUUUUCUCAUCGGUGGCUACAAACUAUUAGUAAAAUCAUUCCAAACUUAACAGAGUUGAGGCUAGUUGAUUCUAAUCUUUUGGAUUGUGAUAUUCAAUUUUUGUUCCAUUCUCACUCUUCCAACAAGUCCACCUCUCUUACGGUGCUAGAUCUCUCUUCUAAUAUGUUGACGUCAUCAACACCUCAACUCUUGUUUAACUUUACCCUUCAUCUUCAAGACCUUUAUCUUUCUCACAAUAAUAUAGAUUUCUCACCUUCUCAGUGUCCAAAUUCUCCUUCUCUUAAGAUCCUCGACCUCUCUUAUAAUAUUCUAACAUCAUCAACGUUUCUUGGGAAUUUUAAUAUCAGCUCCAAAUUGCAAGAGCUUCAUCUCGUAAACUGCAGUAUUAUGGAUAGAAGUUUUCUUAUUUCAUCUACUUCCACUAUGAACUCUUUGUCCUCUCUUCUCCACAUUGAUCUCUCCAAUAACUUGUUAAGAUCAUACUCUGUAUUUCACUGGCUUUCUAAUUUCACUACCAAUCUCCGUACCCUUAAUCUUGAUUAUAACUUCUUGGAAGGUUCCAUUCCAGAUGAAUUUGAGAAAUCAAUGAACUCUCUUGAAUAUAUUUACCUCUCCAAUAACAAACUACAAGAAAGGUUCUAUCUUUCUUUGGGAGCAUGUGCAGGUUACAGGAUACCUGAGAGCAUCGGACUGCUAUCUGGGUUAGAGGUUUUAUCGUUAGAGUGGAAUUCUUUAGAGGGUGAUGAAGGUUUGGCUUUACGAAACAAUAGUUUAAUGGGUGAAUUGCCUUCCUCUUUAAAGAAUUGCAACAAUCUAAUUAUGGUGGAUGUGAGUGAGAAUUUGUUGUCUGGUCUAAUACCAUCAUGGAUUGGAGAAAGGAUGCAACAACUGAUGAUAUUGAUCAUGCGAGGGAAUCAUUUCUCUGGAAAUCUUCCCCUUCGUCUAUGUUAUCUGAAGCGUAUUCAAUUGUUUGAUCUUUCAAGGAAUAACUUAUGUGGAGGAAUUCCAACUUGCUUAAACAAUUUUGCUGCAUUGUCUGAAAACAACAUUAACAGAACUGAAAUGGAAAGUCGUGUACAUUGGUACAAUAAUACUUACCAUGAAAUUUAUAGCAUUUUCCAUUAUAGUAAUUAUACGCUUCGCGUAACAUGGAUGUGGAAAGGUGUGGAACGCAACUUCGCAAAUCCCGAAUUGAGUUUUCUUAGCAUUGAUCUCUCAUGUAACAAUUUAACAGGUAAAGUGCCAAGAGUGAUUACAUAUAUGUUCGGAUUAGUUUCUUUGAAUUUAUCAAGAAACAAUUUGAGUGGAGAAAUUCCUUCCGAGAUUGGAAAUUUACGUUCACUUGAAUCCCUUGACCUUUCAAGAAAUCAAUUCAGUGGGAGAAUUCCUUCUUCUCUUUCUCAAAUAGAUUUUCUGGAAAAAUUAGACUUGUCACACAACUCUCUUUCUGGAAGAAUCCCGUUGGGAAGACACUUUGAUACAUUUGAUGGCUCUUGUUUUGAAGGAAAUAUUGAUCUUUGUGGUGAACAAAUUAACAGGCGUUGUGCUGGAGAUCAGAUAUCAGUAAAGCCUCAAGAAGCAGAGAUCCAUGGAGAAGAUUUUGUUUUCUAUGAAGCAUUAUACAUGAGUUUGGGAAUAGGAUUUUUCACAGGCUUUUGGGAAUAA